CUGAAAUUUUCCUUUAAUUUCUUCAUUUUCAUCUUUGCUCAUUUUCAGUUUUUUUCUUUCUAUCGAUGGCUGAACAAAUCCCAUUUAGCAUUGCGGAAAACUUACUAAUAAAGUUGGCCUCAAUUGCUUCUGAAGAAGUUAGUUUGGUGUAUGGCUUCAAAAAGGAUCUUAGGAAGCUUCAAACUACUCUCUCCACCAUCAAAGCAAUACUUGUGGAUGCUGAGGAGAAGCAAGAGGAGAGCCUUGCAGUGAAGAACUGGGUAAGGAGGCUUAGAGAGGUUGUCUAUGAUGCAGAUGACUUGUUCGAUGAUUUUGCAACUGAAGGUUUGAGAAGGAAGGCUGAAGGUGAGGGAAGAAUGGUUAGGAAGGUAUGCGACUUCUUUUCUUCCUCCAAUCAAAUUGCAUUUCGUUUCAAGAUGGGUCAUAGUAUUAAAGAUAUUAGAGAGAGGCUGGAUGAAAUCGCCAAAGAAAUAUCUGACUUUGGCUUUAUAAUUAGGAAGGAAGUUGGAGUAUGUAUGGGAAUAAAGAAUAGUUGGAGGGAGACAGAUUCCUUUGUAUUGAAAUCAGAAAUUGUAGGAAGAGAUGAAGAUAAGGAGAAGAUCAUAGAAUCAUUGAUGUGUCCAGUCAAUCAAAGCAAUAUUUCUGUAGUUGCAAUUGUAGGGUUUGGUGGCUUAGGAAAGACUGCACUUGCCCAAUUAGUGUUUAAUGAUGAGAAAGUGGUGAAUUAUUUUGAUUUGAAGUUAUGGGUAUGUGUUUCUGAGGAGUCAAAUGUUGAAACACUAGUUAAACUCAUCCUUAAAAGUGCAAGCAAUAAUGAAGUGCCCAACUUGUCUUUGGAACAGUUACAGAUUCGCCUUAGACAAUGUUUAGAAGGCAAAAAGUACUUGUUGGUGUUGGAUGAUGUGUGGAAUGUAAACAAUAGGAUUUGGAGUCACUUGAGGAAAUAUUUGAUGGUUGGUGCCAUUGGGAGUAGAAUUUUAGUAACUAGUCGUAGUAAGAGGGUUGCUUUAGCUAUGGGUGUAGACUCUCCAUAUGCUUUACAGGGUCUUACUGAAGAUCAAUCAUGGGAGCUAUUUGAGAAGCUAACAUUUAGAGAGGGAACAGGAAGAGUGAAUUCAAAUCUAAUAGAAAUUGGAAAAGAAAUGGCAAAGAAAUGCAAAGGAGUUCCACUUGCAAUUAAAGCUAUAGGAGGCAUAAUGCAACUAAGAAGUAGUGAAAGUGAAUGGUUGUCUGUCCUAGAAAAUGAGUUGUGGAAGGUAUUCGAGAGUGAUGGUGAUAUUAGUCAAGUGUUGAAAUUGAGUUAUGAUGUCUUACCAUACCAUUUAAAGCAGUGUUUUGCAUAUUGCGCAAUGUUUCCAAAAGAUUUUGCGUUUGUUAAGGAUAAAUUAAUUCAGUUGUGGAUGGCACAAGGCUAUGUUCAAUCUCAAAGUCAAAGUGAAAAUGAAAAUUUAGAGGAGAUUGGGGAAGGAUACUUCAAUGAAUUGUUAUUUAGGUCAUUUUUCCAAAAGGAUGAGUAUUGUUAUAAAAUGCAUGACCUUAUCCAUGACCUUGCACAGUCAAUAGCAGGGGAUAGUUGUUUUGCAGUUGAUGAUAAUACUAAACAUAUUCCUGAUAGAGUCCAACAUGUGUUCUCUGGAAAUUUGUCUUUUGAGGAAUGCUUCAGGCAGCUAAAAAAUAAAGGAUUGAGGACACUGUAUUGUCCAUAUAUUGGUGAUGGAUUAAGGUUGAAUUUAGAUAGUAUCUUUUCAAAUUGUAGGAGCAUACGUGCUUUGAGUUUUGGAUGGAAUAUCAAUGGAUUGCCAGAUUCAAUUGGAAAGUUGAAACACCUGAGGUAUCUUGAAUUUUUUAGUUCUAAUAUCAGUUCACUUCCAAACUGCAUUUGCAGCUUGUAUAAUUUGCAAACUCUAAUACUCUGGGAAUGUCGGAUUCUUAAAGAAUUACCUACAGACAUGAGGAAAUUGAUUUGUCUCGGACAACUUAUUAAUAAGGGUUGUGGUAGCCUUGAAUUCAUGCCAUUGGGGUUGGGGAGAUUGACAAAUCUGCAGACUUUGUCAACUUUUGUUGUGGGAAGUGAUCAAGGAAGGAGAUGUUCCUCAUUGAAUGAGUUGAAUAGCUUAAACCGGCUGCGAGGUGAAAUCUGCAUUAAAGGACUAGGAAAUGUGAAAAAUGCGGCUUUGGAGUCCAACCUAGUAAAUUUCAAGGAAAAGAAACACCUUCAGUGCUUAAGAUUAACCUGGGAUGGCAAGGGAUAUAGCAAUAGCGGAAAUAGUGAGUUGUUGUUGGAUAACCUACAACCUCACCCGAAUUUGAAAGAAUUGAAUGUUAUGUGCUAUGAAGGCGUGAGGUUUUCAAAUUGGCUUUCUUCUAUCACAAAUCUCGUCAAUAUUACUUUAUAUAAAUGUCCGAAAUGUGAGCAUUUGCCGCCAUUGGACAAUCUGCCUUAUCUGGAAAUUCUCAAUCUUAGCUAUUUCCAUUCUCUGGAGUACAUAUCAGAUGAAGAUAAUUUAUUCUCUUCUUUAUCUGCAUCAACAACAUCAUUCUUUCCAUCUCUAAAUAUUCUUAAACUCGAAUCUUGCCCUAAUCUGAAAGGGUGGUGGAGAACAUUUAUGGAAGCAAAGAUGGUGCCUCAAUUUCCUUGUCUUUCUACAUUAACCAUCUCUAAUUGCCCUAACCUGACUUUGAUGCCAAUGUUUCCAUCACUAGACAUGGGGCUUCAUCUUGCCUAUGCCCACAUAAGACCAUUCCAUUAUACAUUGCAGAUGUCUGCAACGGCUUCUGCAGUACCAUCAACCUCUUCUUCAGUUACUUCUCCUUUUUCCAAAUUAAAGACUUUGUGGUUACAGGGUAUUGAGAAUCUAGCAUCUCUACCUGGAGAGUGGAUGCAGAACCUCAGCUUCCUUGAGGAACUAUUUCUUAGCUACUGCAUGGAAAUUAGUGAUGAGGAUGAGCGUGGCAUAUUCAAAUGGAGAUAUCUUGUUAGUCUCCGAAAUCUCUCUCUCUCUAAUCUUUCAAAUCUGUUGUCUCUACCAAGGGAGCUUCAAUAUGUUACCACCUUGCAACGUCUUACUAUCCGCGAAUGUUCUAAUUUGAGGGCUUUGCCUGAAUGGAUAGGCAACCUCACAGCACUCCAAAAUCUAUGUAUCAAUGUCUGCCCUAAACUGGAAUCGCUACCAAGAGGGCUGCGUCAAAUCACCACUUUACAACAGUUGAAUGUUACCCUUUGCCCCCAUUUGUCUGAGAGAUGCACACACAAUAUGGCUGCAGAUUGGCCCAACAUUUCUCACAUCCUAAAUAUCCAUAUAAAUGGAAAUCAUAUUCAAAAGGAGGGCCGGUAUUUAUUGUAAGAAGAAGGAUCCUCUGCUUUCACAGGCAAUAGAAGCAAAUGAGGUUUGUGGUGUGGCAGAUGAUUUCUGGAUGUUGUAAUUGACUCAUUGACUAUUAUACAGAACUGGAAGGAUGUGGAUAACUUGAAUUAACUCUUGGAAUAGACAUUUGAAUUAAUUUUGCAUUUUUGGAAGCAAUGGGAAUUUGCAUUCUGUAUCUAAAAGUCAAUUGCUCUCCAACUUACUUUGCAUCGUCGCUACUCCUCUGAGAAUGGAGAAGCAAGCCACUCCAAGCAAGGUCUAGGAUCAGAGCAGCAGAUCCUGGAGCCUCAAGGACUGGUAUCUUUCAAGAGUCAACAAGUGUGGUUCUGUGAUAUAAGCAGGGCUUGAAGUAUGUUGAUACCUGGCUACCAAGCAUGCAAUUGAUUUUAAGCAAAGAUUCUUUGAAAGUGAGAUGGAUCCCAAGUGUCUUAGAGGAGGAGUGGAGGAAAUAAUCGGUGCUGUGAAUUCACUUGUUCUUCUUUCAUAGUAGGCAGCUUUUGGCUCAGCCGUGGAGAAAUGGUCUGCUGUCGUGACAAAAAAUGGCUUCAGAAUAGGCAAUGGUAAAUAUCAUAUGACCUUGUGAAUAGUGGUUUAAAAACAAUUUAGAAGAUUUUGGAAGAGAACUAAUACUCUUUGACAGAUUUACAGGUGAAGAUGACAUCGUUUAAGGUUGCAAAUCUAAGAGCUGCUCUUUUCUUGUUCUUUUCACAAGUGUCUUCAUUAGUGAGCAUCCAUAAACAGUACUGAGCUAUUUCACUUGUGGCAACUACCAAUGAGAAAGCAGAAAGCUUAUACUCUCUCUAUCCAUGUGCUAAUCCUUGUAGGCAAUCAACAGAUACUGGAACCUCAACAACUUCCUCUGGGAGAACGAAGCAGAAAUUCUUAAAUUUUUGAAAGUGUCGUCAUUAUAGAGAUGUGCAUCCAUCAGAAGUCCUGGGCUAUUCACUUAUGGCGAACUGCCACUGAGAAAGCAGAAUGCUUCUUAUAGAAACAUGAUGGCUGAAAGAAUCGCAUACUUUUUCUGAUAUGUUGACUUGGAGCAGACAUUCAUUCUUGGAGUUCCAUUUAGUUGAACUCCUCCUCAUUGGAAGCUCUCCAAGGCCACACCAAAACCCCAGAAGGGCUUCAGCUCAUUACCGCUCUGCAAUUAAUGCCUCAGAAUUGGAAGCUGUCAGGCUUUGUUGUUCAUAUCCCUCUGAUUAGAAGAAUCAUGGUGGGGAGAUGGUUCUUUUUCUGAUUCUUCAAGUCUUCUCCUUCCAGAAACUAUUGGAACCAUUUCUGGACUAGAAAGGGAGAUGGUUGUCCCUGAAUUCUUACCAUUUCAUCACUUGCUAGUCUUGCUGAAGUUACACAUGCAUUCAUUAUGAGGGAAUUUCAUGGAGAUUCUGUAGAGCCAAAGCUGAACAUUUUAAUUCAGCUGCUCGUUCAUUGGCUAGAUGUCAUCUAGCUGGCUAGAAGUUCAAUUCUGAAGGCUUGGUUUAGCUAAUGUUUAGAUGUGCCAAUGAAGUGUAAAUUUCAGAUUUUCUUUUUUAAUGUAUUGUAUUUUCUUUACACCUCUAAAUAUAAUCAUUUACAAGUUGUCCCUUUAAAUUCAAUGCUCCAUUGAUUAUGAGUUUCA